AUGGUGACCCAGCAGGUGGGCAGCAGGGGGCAAGUGGCCGCCGAGCUGUUUGAACGGAGAAGGGGCAGUCGCUGUGAGGACAAAAAGCAGACGCUGUUGGCGUUGCUGGUCCUGGUGCUGUACGUGAGCACAGGAAUAUCAGGAAGAAGCUGGGAGGUAUUAGAAGGGAUCAGAGGAUGUAACUACCCCCAGAAUCCUGUGGCUUCUCAGAGGUUUGAAUACCAGACCAACGAACCCUCAGAAGAGCCGGUAAAGGUCAUGAGGACGUGGUUGAAGGAGAACUUGCACGUUUUCUUGGAGAAGCUAGAGAAGGAGGUGCGAGAGCUGGAGCAGCUGGUACAGGACCUGGAGGAGUGGCUAGAUGCCUUUCUGGGAGAGGGGCACUCGGAGGAACCCUGCUCCACCUUCAAUAAUCACUUGUGA